CUUUCCCCCUCUUGCGGCACGUGUUCGCCUUCACUUACAAAGGGAUGAAAUUGCAAUACACACGCAUGCCGCAGGGAUUCAAAAAUUCGCCAGGAUUGUUCAAUCAGGUCCUCAAAGAACUCCUCGAACCAUGCCAAAUGCCGGAUGGCACAUUGUUGUUGCAAUAUGUCGAUGAUUUGUUGAUUGCAGCAAAAGACGAGCAGACGUGUCUUGAAGGAACAAAGAAAGUGUUGUUGUGGUUAGGGGAGAAAGGGUUCAAGGUGUCAAGAAAGAAACUGCAAUGCUGUCGCCAACAGGUCACUUUUCUGGGACGUGUGUUGACCCCUAGUGGCCUCGCCAUGUCGCCUGAACAUAGAAGCUCCAUCCUCCGACACCCACGGCCCGCCACCGUCCAGGAGAUGCUAUCAUUCCUGGGGUUGUGCGGCUACAGCAGACAUUACAUACCCUGUUUUGCUGACAAAACUGGUGUCCUACGGGCCCUGAUCCGCGAACAGGGGGCGAGGAAUCUCAGGGCUUGCCUGGUUUGGACACCGGAGGCUGCUGAGGUCUUUGUGUCACUGGUGCAGGAGCUGGCCUCUGCUGCGGCUUUGGCCACUCCUGACUACACUCUGCCCUUCCAUCUAGAUGUCUCUAUUUCAGGGAAAGUUGUGAAUGGAGCUCUGUACCAGAAAAUGCAGCAUGGACGUGCAGUGUUGAUGUAUUGCAGCGUCCCCUUGGACAACAUUGAGCAACGACAACCCGAUUGUUCCAGAUAUGCGGCUGGCCUGGCAAAGGUCUUACUCAAAACAGCCCACACGGUCAUGGGGCAUCCAGUUUAUGUGUUAACUGAUCAUGCAGUGUCUUCAUUUGUCGCAUCGGCGGCGUUCACGUUGACUCCACUGCGACAAACACGGUUGUUGAAAAUAUUGACUGCCCCAAAUGUCAACUAUGUCCAUUCCGGAGUGAACAUGGCCGAUCAAUUGUUGGUGGGACCCCAUGAGUGUGCAUCAAAGGUCCAGACGGUGGCGAAAGUCCGACCUGACCUCUAUUCCACUCCGCUCGGGCACGGUCGUGUGGUGUUCACAGAUGGCUGCUGCUGGAGAGACAGGAUGGGCUCCCUCCAUGCGGCUGCGGUCGAGUGGAGGGAUGGUUCCUUCCAGCCUCUUAAAGUGAUGAAGCUCAACACCCACCCAUCGGCCCAGGCGGCAGAAGUCUUUGCUCUGGUGUUAGCUUUACGACAAUGCAAGGGGGAAGCCGUGACCAUCUAUUCUGACUCCGCUUAUGCGGUGUCGGCGGCUUUACUCGAUCUGGUGGGGUGGCUGCAGAAUGGGUUCACGACGGCCAGGGGCUCGGAGAUUGCGCACAAGGAUUUGAUGUUGCAUUUGUUUGAGGCAUUGAAGUACCCGAGCGAGGUGGCCAUUGUCAAAGUGCCUGGUCACUCCAAAGCUGACACCUUAGUAGCUAGGGGGAAUCGAGCGGCUGAUGAAUUGGCCAAGCAGACGGCCGGGUAUGGCGGGGCAGAGGACAUGAUGGUGUCCCGCGGUCCACUAAUUGUGGACGGGGAACACCCCGACUCCUGUUUGCCUCUGUCACUCUCGCAUGCCGAUCUGUGUGCCGCCCAGGGUGCCACGUCCCCGGAACAAAAAUCGGUCUGGCUGGCAGCAAAGGCUGUCAAACGAUCAGAUGGCUUGUGGCUUGGAGAAAAAUCCGCUGCGGCUGCGGCGGAGGAAGGUGUGUCGGUGGAGAAACAGCUCACGCCGUACGUGUACGUCCGAGUCAUCUCCAGGAAGUGGACGGACCCCCGGUGGAAGGGCCCCUUUCGUGUCUUGGCCAGGACGUCUCACGCGGCCCAACUCGACUUCAAAGGACGCCGGUGGUAUCACUACUCACAACUCCGUCCGGCCCCAGAGUUUGUUCCGUCAGGAUGA